CAUCUCCUUUUAGAAUUUUGGACGGAAAUGCCGGCUUUUGUGAGGUUUGGGUGUUUUACGAAAACAUUUAUCAAGACUUUUGACUCUGGACGUAAAUGUAUUCCCUUUCAGGAAGCUUUGCAGCGUCCUUGUAUCUCCCAGACCUGUCGACGAAGCCUGAGGAACUUGUUUAUAGUAGCGCAACGUUAUCGAGUUCCCUAUUGUACACCGAUAUACUGUAAGUCUCCAACUGACGAGAUUAAAGAGAAAAGAGCAAAAUUGUUGGUUGCAAUAUUGAGAAGUGUUUCCUCUAUACUGUUUCGUCCUUUUGUAUCGGUUGUAGUUUCCUUGUUGGCUCUGUCUUUUGGUUACCCUGUUGUAGCACUUGCAACUAAGGGAGAGGGCUUUGAACGUAAAAGUAUUACUACCACUUGGUCCAAAGAUUAUGAAUCAUCGGCGAGUAGAAGCGUGGAAACUCAAACAAUCAUGGUAAAGAGUGCGAAAGUUUCGGAACAAAAUCAGAUCAAGCAAAGGACAAGCGGUAGCUCAAAAGAAGCCUCAAGUGCACCCAAAAAGAUGCAACUUGCAAAGUCGGAAAAACUUAUUACUUGGGGUUUGACGCUUCUUGUUUUUGCAGGAGUUUGUGUCGUGUUAUAUAAGAUAUCUUUGAAGGAGGAAGAAGAGGAAGCAAAGGCCAUUGAAAGAGAAUAUGAAAGAUUAGAACAGUUGAAGCGAGAAUUUAUCGAAACGGACGAGGAUUCUCCCGUACGUGACGAAGACUUGUUGAGUAGUCUGCGCAAACGACUUGAAAAUCAGACACAGGAGGAUAGUCAAGGAACUUCAGAAGUAGAUAGUGAAGCAAAAGACCCAAAUAUGAACAUUGAGAGCGUUCAAGAGGAGUCGCAUUCAUCAGCAUCUGUUGAAAGUGAGGAAGUUGCAUCCUCAGAAAGGACAUCUUCCACAGAAGGAGUUUCGAUAGAGCAUUUAGAUAUGCUACGGAGAAUGUAUGAAGGAACUUCUAAAAAGAAUAUCGAAGAUGGAAACGGAAACCUAGACGUGAACAACGAAGAUGGCAGGAACGCUGCCAAUGAUACCAAAUAUGAUGAAAAGGACUCGAAAGAUAGGAAGAAUCAUAGGGCUUGAGUCAGUAUUCUUUCAGUUUGUGUUUAGAAUUAGUUUCUCUAAAAUAGACGUAUAUAAAUCCUCUUUAGGGAGUAUAUUAUGUAUUGUAGUAUUUCCUUCUUUGUGCUAUAGUGAUAUGGAUGUUAUAUAUUCUCGUUUUCAUGGUCGUUGUGGAAUUUUUGUAUCUCGAAAUGAAGUCAAGUUGUGUCUG